AGUGUACUUGGCCUUGGGGGUUUAAAUCUGAGUUGAAUGAGUCCUAUAGCUGUACACAUCUCGCUCUCUUUCUGACUUAAUCUGCUCUGGCUUUAUGUGGCCUAUUUCUAGACCGUCAAACAUUUGAGGACUUCAAGGAAGAAACAAGCACUCUUUUUUUUCUUCAGUUAAUGUCUCUUUGACUCUUCUGUUUUGCUGGGCCUGGUUCAUUGUGAGCUCAGUGGUUGUGACUCUCUUGUAUGUGUGCCUGAAGGACUGACGAUUUGGGGAGAGUACUGAGGACAACUCGGCAGGAUUUUUUGAUUGACUGAAUAAAGGAGAAAAGAGGCCAUCAAGAUGCUGCGUGAAGUGGGAUCCAAUAUUAUGGUGUUUUAUGAGUAUGUAUUGCAGAGAACGGACCACCGAUUGUUACCCUACCCGUUGAUGCGGACCCCCUUCCAGAUGACCAGCAUCCUGAUGGGCUAUGUGUUCUUCUCGCUGUACGCAGGGCCUCUGCUGAUGGCCAACCGCAAGCCCUAUCACCUCAAAACAGCCAUGAUCAUCUAUAACUUCAGCAUGGUGUCCCUAAACGCCUUCCUAGUCUAUGAGUUCCUGAUGUCAGGAUGGGGAACCACUUUUACCUGGAGAUGUGACCUGUGUGACUACUCAAGCAACCCACAGGCUCUAAGGAUGGUUCAAGUGGCCUGGUGGUUUCUGUUCUCUAAAUUCACCGAGCUUCUGGACACCAUUUUCUUUGUGCUGCGUAAGAAACACAGCCAGAUCACAUUUCUACAUGUCUUCCAUCACUCCUUCAUGCCCUUCACGUGGUGGUGGGGAAUUACCAUUGCUCCUGCAGGGGGAAUGAGCUCGUUCCAUGCCAUGGUCAACUGCUGUGUCCACGUCAUCAUGUACACCUACUACGGCCUGUCUGCUGCCGGACCUCGCUUCCAAAAAUACCUCUGGUGGAAGAAGUACAUGACCGCAAUCCAGCUGAUCCAGUUUGUGCUGAUCUCACUUCACAUCUCUCAGUACUACUUCAUGGAGAAGUGUGACUUUCAGGUGCCCAUGUUCAUUCACCUUAUCUGGAUGUACGGCACCUUCUUCUUCCUACUCUUCUCCAACUUCUGGAUUCAGGCCUACGUGAAGGGGAAACGGCUGCCUACGGCAACCAUGGAGAAGCUAAAGCAGAAUGGCGUUAACAGCGACAUUACCGUGGUCAUCAACAGCAAGCCGCUGGAGAAUAGCAACGGGACAACAGCACAUCGUGUCAAUGGCAAUAACCAACUAGGCAAAGUGAAGGAAGUCUAGUUUCGUCCUUUUGGAAGGGGAAACAUAACUGUCUGAAGGACCCUGAAAUGCCAAAGAUUCCCAAAAAAGUAUUCAUCACUUUCCUCAAAUGUAUAUUUAUCUGCAGUUCGUGGGAUAUGGCAGUUAGUCCACUGUUAAAUUGUGGGAACAUGGUGUGAUUUAACUGUACAUCACCCUGUAUGAAGGUGUGUCAGUCACCAAUACCUCAAACACAGGCUUGAAAAUGGCCAAUGAUUGGACUCUUCUGGUUGUUUGGCUGGCAUGAAACUGUUUGGACUGAAACGCUUGUAAAUAGUGUACAGUUACUUUCGAAGAGGUGGCGUUCGUCACUGACCAGCUUUUCGUUGCUGCUGUUUGUAUAUUUAACUUUUUGAAAUAAAGCCGAGUAAGACAUUACUUUGAGGCACAAGACAGCAACUGUA